GUCACGUCGUUGAACGCAUAGUAAGCUAACGGACAAUGCAAAUAUAAACUAAUAUAAAGAACGCGCGUUUUCGCUAAUAGCAAUCUUUUGUUAGUGGCUUUAAUUACCUGGAUCGAGUCUUUUUUGUGGGAAUAUUAUUCGCGGAAAUGUGGUGCAAUCGUCAGUGGAAGGACACGAAAAUUGGCUAACGCAAGCUAACUAAGUUAGCUAUAGCGUGCUAAUUGUUAACCGUCUACAAGGCCGCGGAGAAAUACUAGAACUGCUUCCUGUUGUGGCUUAGCUGAGAAUGUAGCUUGCAUCACACCCAAGCAUCAAACUCACAACGGCUAGAUCAGUGCUGCAGUCGAUUGAGCUCAGGGGUAUUUUGUAGUAGUUUGCGGGCUUCCUGGCUUGUUAGCUCUGUAGCUAGCUAGCUAGCAUGAGUGAAGUGACGGACUGCAAACAGUCCGCUGACUCCGCAUCGAAGAAACGGUGUGCAUCACCCCAACGGGAUGAAGGCGACACAAUUCCCAAAAAGUCCACUAAAGUAAGUGACGAUGCAAAAGAAACAGGGGCUGCUUUAGAAAGUUCCGAAAACAGAGAAACUGGAAGUAAAGAAGCAGAUGAGACAAAGUCAAAAGGUUGCGGGAAUGAGCCAUCUGCUUUGAAGACUAAUCACGGUUCCGAUCGCACUGAUGGCAACAGUGUGCAGUCUGUCAACAGCUCCAGCGCUGACGGCCACGAUGCCAACUCCACCGAGAAACCACAGUCCCCAGGUCCACAAGCAUCUGCCGAUUUGAAAGAAGUUGAGAAGACAAGAUCAGAGCAGCAUUCUUCAACUCCUGUUGAUCAGUCUGACUCUGCUGCCAUAGCUGCUGCCGAGGCACUUGCCAGUCUCACUGGAGGAGAUGGAGAGGACAGUCAAGAGACUCCUUGUUCAUCCGAAAAGGCUAAACAAGUGAAACAUGGGAGUAAGUUCAAACAACGUGGAGGCCAUCAGUCAUCAAAAGGUGUCUUGAAAACCCAGGCAGCAGCAGCAGACAGCUCCACAUCAGUGCACAGCACUGACAGAGAAGGUGGAGAUGAUGUACCUGAGGCAGAUGAAGGUGAUGAAUCUGUAUCUGGGUCCUCCUCCACACCAAGCUCCUCUUUUCCAUCAGACAAUGAGGACAAUGAUGAUGGGGAGUGUGCCAUUGUGUCAGUUAAAAUGGCCCCAGAGAUAAGACAGUCAGUGGCUCUGCUGGCACAAGUACAGAUGAGACUGGAAGCCCUUGAGAAGAAAAGCGCUCGUCUUCACCAACGCCUGGAGCUCAAAGUUAGUCGUCAGAGGCGCCCACAUCUAGAUCAGAGAAGUGCCAUCACAAAAACCAUCCCUGGCUUUUGGGUGACGGCUCUGUUGAACCAUCCUCAUCUCUCAGCUCACAUUGAUGAGACAGAUGAAGACGCUUUAAGUUACAUGACUGAUCUUGAGAUUGAGUCUUUCAAGAACAACAAACUGGGCUACAGGAUUCGCUUUCACUUCAGACGGAACCCGUAUUUCCAGAACAACAUCAUCAUGAAAGAGCUGCACCUUGGGAUGGGAGGAUCACCCAUGUCAUUUUCCAACCCCAUCCUGUGGCACCGUGGACACAACCUAACGGCUCACAGUGAACCCAGGAAAUCAUCACGGGGAGUUUACGAGACCUUUUUCAGCUGGUUCAGUGAUCAUAGUAACCCAGGACAAGAUGAUGUAGCACAGAUACUUAAGGACGACCUCUACAGAGACCCCCUGAGAUACUACCUCACUCCUCUCUGGGAACCUCGGGAAAACGGCAGUAGUGGCACCGAGGCCAGGGCAGCCAACAACGGUAAUGGGGAUGAGUGUGUGGUGAUUUCUGACUCGGAUGAUGAACCCGGGGAGGAGACGAAUGCUCCUGAACAUGGCCACAGCAAAGAGGAGGAAGAGGAGGAUGAAGAAGAAGAAGAAGAGGAGGAAAGGGGAGCAAGUGCAGAUGAGAGCCCAGAGGAAGAAGAGGGGGAGGAGGAGGAUGGUGGUGGAGAAAUUGUGAUUGAUGGUUCUGAUGAUAGUGACCAGGAGGAGGAGGAGGAGGAGGAGGCCUGAAGGAAAAAAAGUGGAGUUGAAGAGGAGUUGCACAUCAGUUAGCCACAACAUUAAAACCAACUCCCUAGUGUUGUUUAGAUUACCCUUACAUAUCCAAAACUGCUCUGACCCGUUAGGGCAUGGACACAGGACCUCUGGGAAAGGUCUUGUGAUGCCUGAUGGCAGUAUGUUGGCAUCCGAUCCUUUCAGUCCCAUGGGUUUGGGUCCGCUGGGAUCAGGCAGCUAACUUGGAUCAGGGGUGGGGUGGUUUAAAGGCUAAGUUAACAAGUCAAGCUAUUUGUCAUGUCUCUAUGUUCUUGGUCUGCAGCAGUGUUUACGUAGGUGGGACGUGAAAAACAACAUCCACUUGAAUGCCAGGACCAAAAGUUUCCCACCAGAACAUUUGACAAAAAUAGAUUUUCUCUCUCUCUCUUUAUCCUUUGAGUGGUUUUAAUGUUGUGACUGAUGGUGAAUUUCUAAGAGAGCAAGCCACCAUAGGGACCAGAGACUUGAAAGAUGAAAAGUAGGAUCUUGUGAGAUUUUGGUUGCAACAGCUCAUUUUUGCGUCCCAAAUUCUCCUAAUACAAGUGAGAUCCUCUGAGGCAUUAUUAGUGGACGUUUUAAGCUAAAGUUUAGGCUUUUUUUUUUUUUCUUUUCUUUGUUUUUUUUCCCCCCUUUUUUAAAUAACUGACGCAUGACAAAGCAAAUAUGUCAGGAGUUGAAAUUCAUAUAAUGUCAGUACAUUUCAGAUACACUAGUACUGAAACAAAAUGUGCUCUCAGGGAUGAUCCAUGGUGGUAAUUGUGUUGAAAGAACCAUACUAAUUUUGAACACUUAUGCACUCCUUAUCGUUAGUUGUGUAUAAAGAAAUGUACUCUACUGUAGUAAAUAGGAAUAAUAAUUAUUUUAAUAGAGUACCAGUGUUGUUUCCCAUUCUACAUGUUCUGUCCUCUUUAAAAAGCCAUCCUCCACCCUGUAAUCCACCUCUAAUGUUUUAUACUCACUGCAGAAUUUGACCAAUGUUUCCUCUGGACUCCUGCAUUCACAUCACACACCUACAACAUGUAGAGCUUUGCAGUUUCAUUUUAGAUUCAUUUAAAUUUGCAAACCUAAGCUUCUCAUGUUUAUUUUCACGUGACGUGUUUUCUGAUUUGUUUUCAUAAAACUUUGAUAUUUAUUGUGUUUUUUUUUACCCAUCCACAUUAUCGCAUGCCUGUUAGCACGAAAUGUUAGACAGGAUAAUUAUAGAACUUGCAAGACUGCAAAGAAAAUCUGGUGUGCACGGUGAGAACGUCACAGAGUGCACAGUAACAAACUUUGUAUUUGCUUACUUUCUUAGCAAUGAACCUGUAAAUAGGAUUUUGGCAUUGUCUCUUUGGAUUACACAGUAGAUGUUUAAUCCAUCAAUAGAUUUAUCAAACCAUCUAGGGUUUUGUUUUGGCUUUUUUUUUUUUCACAGAAUUGAUUAAAAAGUUAUAUUUUCUGUGCUGUUUUCUAGACUGGUGUAGUUUAAAAUGCCUACAUGUUUGUUGCUUUGGUUGAUUUUCUUUGCUUAAAAUGUAAAUGUCCACCUUUUGGCUCAGAUCUAAUAAAAUACAGUUUGAAGUU